AUGGUCGAGUCAUGUUUGUGUGUAGUGUUGUUUGUGAACGAUAUUCAUUCAAGUGGAGAGCGUCGACGGUGCGGAACGAGCUCAGACGCUGACGAAGCGAAAUCCAUUCCCGUCGGUCAGAACCCGGCCACUGCCACUGGGUCAGUGGACCCCGAGCCGGGAACGGGUGUACCUACAGGAAUACCGGCUGCGAAGGCCGCUGUUCAUAAUAAAAAUGACAUCAACCGCGUGGGAAACAUAUAA